AUGACUACUUCCAAUUUAUUGCAUUUACAUAAUGAAAAUGACAGCACUAGUAGCUACAAUGGUUCUAGUUUACAUGAAGAACUUACACCUGAUUUAGAUGACAUAUAUAAUUCAUACAUGAUGAAGAGUGCUAGUAUAGAAACAUUAGACUCACGAAGAAACCAACAACCGUCACCGUUUCUGCAACAACAACAACAACAAGAACUCCGUCAACAAAUUUUUAAUCAGAACCUACCUGAAAUUCAUAUAUCUUCACGCUUAUCUUCACUAGGCUUAUCAAAUGGUGACAAAGUAACAAGAAGCGCUCCCACAACUCCCAAAUCCGGAAAUUCAUUCGAUUUUCGUCCUAGAAGAACAUACAACACCCAUGCAGCAACAAAUUCAAGUUUAAAUGUCGUAUUGGAUUUACCAUCUGAGGGAUCCAAUUUUCAAGCUUCUACAGACACGCUUCUGUCGUCUUCAAUAGAUGACGGAAUACCUCUUUCUAGAGAAUUACAACAAGAACAGGAUGAAUGGGCAAAGAAAGGAGAAGCGGUUAAAGCAAUCAAAGAAGGUGAAGAUGUCAAAAUCAUAAGAAGAACAGUUAAUGAUUUCAAAUUUGGUAAGGCAUUAGGGGAAGGUUCAUAUUCAACUGUUGUUUUAGCCACAGAUAAAAACACCAGUAAACAAUAUGCUGUCAAGAUUCUAGAUAAACGACAUAUAAUUAAAGAGAAAAAGGUUAAAUAUGUCAAUAUUGAAAAACAUGCAUUGAAUAGAUUAAGAAAUAGAACAGGAAUAAUCUCAUUAUAUUUCACUUUUCAAGAUAAAGAUUCUUUAUAUUUUGUAUUGGAUUAUGCAUCAAAUGGAGAAUUAUUAACUUUAAUCAAAAAUAACGGAACGUUGAACCAAGAUUGUGCAAGACAUUUUGGAGCUCAAAUCUUAGAUGCAAUAAAAUAUAUGCAUGACAACGGUGUCAUACAUCGUGAUAUAAAACCAGAAAAUAUACUAUUAGAUCAUAAAAUGAGAAUUCAAAUCACUGAUUUUGGAACUGCCAGGUUAUUGGAAAAGAAAGAUGACACAAGCGAAGAAUAUCCAGUUGAUGUAAGAGCAAAAUCAUUUGUCGGAACAGCAGAAUAUGUCUCCCCAGAGCUAUUAGAAAGUAAAUACUGUGGGAAACCAGGUGAUAUUUGGGCAUUUGGAUGUAUAUUAUAUCAAAUGAUUGCAGGAAAACCUCCUUUCAAAGCACCGAAUGAAUAUUUAACUUUUCAAAAGAUUACUAAAUUGCAAUAUGCAUUUUCCGCUGGAUUCCCCAGCGUUCUUCGUGAUCUAAUUAAGAAAAUUUUGGUUUUACAACCUGCUAAAAGAGUAACUAUUCCUGAAAUUCAAAAACAUUAUUUCUUUCAGACUAUCGAGUUUGAUGAUUUUGAUCUGAUUUGGGAAAAAGAACCUCCUGAAAUUGGACCUUAUAAAAUGAGUGCCGAAUCAAUGAUGAAAGUCCCAGAAUUAAAUAAAACACCCACAUCGACCGUGGUUAUGAUUCCAAGAAGGAAACAGCAAGCAUCCAAGAAGACGAACAACGCCAACAACAAUGCCAGCACCCCAGAAAGACCUCCAAUGUUCUCAAAAGCAAGCACCGGACCCGUGGAUGCAGUAUCCGUUGCAGCAUUCGUAUUAAAUAAAUCCCAAGCUCCAGAUCAAGCCCCUUCCCAAGAUACAGAACCUUCAAACACCUCACCGGAUUCAGCAACACCUGACCAAACAAGAACUAGUAGUUCAAAGAGACAACCGGAUUAUAUUCCAGGUACGAACAUCUUACGACCACAAGUGAAUACCAGAAGGACAUUUUCACGACAACCCAAUGCAACUCCCACCAAUUCGACACCUUCUUCCAAUAGACAGAAAAGAUCGUCAACAUCAAGACCAAAAUCCAAAGUCAUGGAAAUCACGCCAGCCACAGCGGUCGAAGCUGCAUGGGCAUCAUAUUUGAAUCACCCGGAUGAAAGAGUCCUUAGAAUCGGUCCCGUGAUUGUGCACAAAGAACCCACAGAUGCUUUUGAAAAGAAACAUAAGGGGAUGUUACAUGCUUCUCCAUUGGAUUUGAGCAAUAAUCUGAAACUCAGAUCUGGAACGAGUUUAUUAUCCCAAAUGGUGAAUGGACAGCAACUGCAUAAUAAUUUGUCAAGUAAUGGAUAUAGGAAUGAAUCGAUUGCGAUAUUUGACUAUUAUGAUGUUGCCGAGAAUGGUCUUAAGAGAAAUGGAAGCAAAAAGGAUAAUAAGAGCUCAAGUGGGAGUAGUAGGGAUGACACGGCAUCACUGGGAAGUGGUGGGAAGAUUACUAGAUCGUCAUUGUUUAGGAAGUUUGGUUUUAGUCAUGGUGGCGAUAAGAAGGAUGAAGGUUCUUCUGAUUCUAAAUCACAUGAUUUAUUGGAGAAGCCGAGAACAUGUACUUUAAUUGUGACUACUCAUGGAAGAGCUUUGUUGUUUUAUAGGCCAGAGAAAGAAGCUAAUUAUAAAUUAAUACUGGAAAUUAAGUUGAAAUAUCCAUUCAUUCAUUUCCAAGAAUUAGUUACUUCAAAAUACCAAAAAUCUCUACCAACAACAGGAAUAUUUGUUAUUAGUUCAAUGCAAACUUGUUUUGUAUGUGAAGUUGAAAGUAGCGAAAUCAAUAGAUGGACAGAAUCACUUACGAAAUCAAAGGUAAAUGAAUUGGAAAGAGUUAAAGAAACACAACCUCAACAACAAGACCCUACUCCACCAGCAUCUUCUUCACCUGGCAAGAAAACGCCCAGCCCAUCUCCUAAACCCGUCCAAUCUCCGAAAUUCACCGCUAGCCCACAACAACAACAACAACCGGCAACCCCCAACGUCCCCAGUGCUUCCCACCGUAGAUCUCCAGAGUUGAUAUCAAUGCACAAACGAGCAUCCCACGAAGUAAAACGAAAACCACCACCUCCAGUCACAUCGUCCCCAGAACUAAAUAUCCACACAGGAUUACCAUCAACCUCAGAAGAUAGCGGUUGGUUACAUGCCGCACAAUUGGCAGUCUCAAAUAAUACUGCCCAAGGUGUUCCGCCUACGAAUAAUAGACGGACGAGUUAUAAACGAGAGGAUACGACAAAUAGGGGACAUGUCCAAAAGGCGAAUCCGAGUGCUGGUGGGAAUUCCGCUGGGAUAACGUCGCUUAAUUCGAAGUUUUUGGCUAGAAGUCAAAGAAAUAGAUAA